AUGCUCGGAUUUUUGCCUUACGGCCUACUGGCCAUUGCCGGUUUCGCAACAGCACGCGAUCCCAUAGUCUACUUCAUUCGACACGGAGAGAAACCUGAGGAUGGAGGAAAUGGGUUGAAUGCGAAUGGCCUCGAACGUGCCCAAUGCAUUCGCGAAGUUUUCGGGAAGAAUUCAGAGUACAAGAUCACUCAUAUCAUGGCGCAAACACCCAAGAGCGAUGGCCGACGUGCCCGUCCCCGCGACACCGUCAAGCCGCUGGCUGAUGAUCUAGGUCUCGAUGUUGAUAUCUCCUGCGAUCGGGAUGAUCCGGAUUGUGUCAAGAAGGUCAUUGAUUCAUACGAUGGAAAGGGCGAGGCCAAUAUUCUGAUUUGCUGGGAGCAUGAUACAAUCACCGAUAUUCUGGAGACACUAGGAGUCGAUGAUGCACCACAUUAUCCAGAUGAUAGUUUCGACCUCAUUUGGACUGUCCCAUCCCCUUACGAUGAAAUCACUGAUGAGAGCAGCGAGCAAUGCCCUGGGUUGGAUUCUGUGCUUAAAUGCUGA